AGCGAUGGUCUCCGGGUCGCGAAUCGAAGGUGGGAAUCAGAUAAUCUCCGCCGGAGUGAGAAAAACUAUCCAAACCAUCAAAGAAAUAGUGGGCAAUCACUCUGAUAUUGAUAUCUAUUGGGCUCUUAAAGAGACCGAUAUGGAUCCUAAUGAAACUGCCCAGAAAUUACUCAACCAAGACCCGUUUCAUGAGGUGAAGAGAAAAAGAGACAAAAAGAAGGAGGUGCCACCUAAGAGUAUCGGCCAAAAGGUUCUUACCGAACCAAGAAGACAUGUUGAGAGUGCUGGUCAAGGACCAAGAUCAAAUACAACUUCUGAACGUGUUGUGGAGCCUAAAAGACAUUUUGAGACUGCUGUCCAAGGACCUAGAUCCAAUACAAAUUCUGAUCGUAAUGUUGAGCCUAGAAGACAGUUUGACAGUGCAGGUCAUGGACCAAAAUUUAAUAAGUUUUCUGAUCGGAAUGUUGAGCCAAGAAGACAUUUUGAGAAUGCAGGUCAAGGACCAAGACAAAGCUCAUUUUCUGAUCGGAAUGUUAGAAGAGGUGGUUAUGUUCGGAGGGGUUUCCCUGGAAUCAGCAGAGGUACAGGAAUUAGCAGAGAGUUUCGUGUUGUGAGAGACAACAGAGCUAACCAUAAUAUGGAUGGAGAAACCAAGCCUGCUUCACCUCAAUGUACUACAUCGACCAACGAGCAAGUGAUUUCAAAUGUUUCUGAGAAGGGCCAAACAGGAAUUUCAAGUAAUCAAAAGUCAUUUAAUAGACAGCACGCCUCACAAGCAUUGAACGGGCAAACUGAUUCUCGAAUUAGAACCAGUGAUGCUAAUUCAACUGGUACGAUUAGAAAGGAGACAUCAGCGGAGAAGCGAGUUGCUCUUCCAAAUUCAGCUUCACGGGUACAAGCAGGGAGGCCAAACAACUCGCAACCACAUUCUGCAUCAAACACCUCUGUUAUUGGAGUGUAUUCCUCGUCCACAGAUCCUGUUCAUGUGCCGUCUCCUGAUUCUAGACCGUCUGCUUCUGUUGGUGCAAUUAAGCGUGAAGUUGGGGUGGUUGGCGUUCGGAAACAGUCUUCUGACAACUCCAAGUCAGCUGUACCAAGUAGUUCUUUCUCUAAUUCACUUUUGGGGAAAGAAGGCACUGCGGAAUCAUUUAGAUCUUUGACUGGUAUCUCUAAACCUGAUCAGCUCGACCAAACUUCUGAAUCUGUGAUGCCUAGCAUACCAGUCAGCAGAACUUUCAUCAGUAAUCAGCACAAUGUCAGGCCUCAUCAACAACCUGUGGGUCAUCAGAAAGAUGCAGCUUCCCAGCCUAACAAGGAGUGGAAACCUAAAUCAAGUCAGAAGCCAAGCUCUAAUAAUCCUGGAGUCAUUGGAACACCAACAAAAUCUGCUUCUCCUCCUGAUGAUUCAAAGGUCUCAGAGUCUGAAGCGGUUCAGUUGCAAGAUAAGCUUGCCCGAGUAAAUAUAUAUGAGAACUGCAAUGUUGUGAUAGCGCAAAAUAUUAGAGUCCCUGAGAGUGACCGUUUUCGGCUAACCUUUGGAAGCUUGGGGACAGAGUUAGUUAAUGGAUUUCAAGCUGGACCUACAGAGGAGUCGAACAGGGAACCUCAAGCAAGUUUGUCAACAUCAGCUCCCGAGUCACACAGUGAUGAGGCCAGCACGAAGCCAAUAGAUUUAUUAGAUGACCAAGUUAGGAAUUCAGGAUCCGAUUUUUCCGCACCAUCUGCAGUGCCUGAGCAUCUGCCUGAGAAAAGAGAGACAUCGAGUCCUCAGAGUUUGGACAAUUAUGCAGAUAUUGGUUUGGUUCGAGACAAUAGUCCAUCCUUUACACCUUCAGAUUCGCAGAACCAAGAUCCACCAGAGAUGCAAGGUUUUACGGCAUUUGAUCCUCAGACUGGUUAUGAUAUACCUUAUUACAGACCCAGUAUGGAUGAAAGUGUACACGGACAGGGUCUACCUUCUCCUCAGGAGGCAUUGAGUUCACACAAUUCCAACAGUAUCCCUGCAUCAACAGUUGCCAUGGUACAACAGCAACCACCGCAUGUGGCGCAGAUGUACCCGCAAGUUCAUGUUUCACAUUAUGCUAAUAUGAUGCCAUAUCGUCAGUAUAUCUCACCAGUUUAUGUUCCACCAAUGGCUGUGCCUGGCUAUUCCAAUAAUCCUGCCUAUCCUCACAUGUCUAAUGGCAACAGCUACUUGCUGAUGCCUGGAGGUGCUUCCCACCUAAAUGCUAACAGCCUCAAGUAUGGUGUUCAGCAAUUUAAGCCCGUAGCUGGAAGUCCCACUGGGUUUGGAAAUUUUACUAACCCAGCGGGUUAUGCAAUGAAUGCCCCUGGUGUAGUUGGAGGUGCUACUGGACUCGAAGACUCAUCAAGAAUGAAAUACAAAGAUGGCAAUCUUUAUGUUCCAAAUCCACAGGCGGAGACAUCAGAGAUUUGGAUUCAGAACCCUAGGGAGCAUCCAGGAAUGCAAUCCGCUCCAUAUUACAACAUGCCUGGGCAAACACCUCAUGCUGCUUAUAUGCCGUCCCAUGGUGGCCACGCUUCCUUCAAUGCAGCUGCUGCACAAUCUUCACACAUGCAGUACCCAGGAAUGUACCAUCCUCCUCAGCCUGCUGCAAUGGCCAGUCCGCACCAUAUGGGCCCUGCAAUGCCUGGUAAUGUUGGAGUGGGGGUGGCUGCAGCUGCUCCUGGGGCACAGGCAUAUCAGCAGCAGCCCCAGUUGAACCAUAUGAACUGGACAACAAACUUCUGAUAACCAAAAGAGAAUGUGAAUCUAACUCCUGGCAAAAUGAAGUAGGAGAGCUGUAGUAUGGUUUUCCUCUGUCAAUCAAUAACCCAGACAUUCUUAUUUAAUGAAUCAAUGCUUCAUCUUGUGUUCCAUUUCCAA